AUCCGGACCAACAGGGACUCCCUCAGGCCACAGUGGUCGCACAAUUCCGCGACUACCAUCCAGAAAAAUUUUCCGGCCAAGGAGAUCCUCGUGUAGUAGAUGAAUGGGUUCAGGGCCUUGAGAUGAUUUUUGAGGUCAUGGACUGCCCUGAUCGUUAUCGCAUGUUAUGUGCACAAAUCCAGCUGACCGGUGAUGCCCGACUCUGGUGGAAUGCCUAUUGGAGUAUGCGUCCCGACGAAAAAGAAGGUUGUACGUGGGACCAAUUCAAGGAGUUGAUCCGAGAGAAGUAUUAUCCCUCGUACUACCGAGCAGAUAUGGAGCGCCAGUUCUUGGCACUCACCCAGGGUACUCGUUCUGUUGACGAGUAUGAGAGAGAGUUUACCCGUCUCGGAGCCUUU